AACGUUCUGUCAAAAAUAUUGGACGACUCUACGACUGCUCAAUACAAGUCGUGCUGCAGAAAGAAUCCAUUGCAGAUCGCUGUGCCACGACCUACAGACCGAGAUGGAGACGGCGUGAGUUGUGACCGCUACUUGCACAUUUAUGACCUGUAUUGUAGUGGAACCAGUGAAAUAGGCUAUCAACGGUAGCGAGCACGUCAAGGACUAGACAUUGCCACCAUUUUGAUCAUAAUGGAUACAUCAGGCGGCUCACUGGCUUCCAGCUCCUGGGUUUCCAGUGUGAAGCAAGCAAGGAAGACGGCCAUGAUGCAAGAUGGACAUAUCCGAGUUCACUUUGUCUUUGCGGACGGUUUGGAAAUGUCCGAGGGGUACGACGCCAAGACCCAGGAGCUACUCGUGCGUAAACUGAAAAGCCGUCCUCGCCUGGGCGGAGAAGGCAACUGGGAGUGGGAGGUUGGCGAGGAGUCGAUGUAUGAACGUGCGCGUAAGGCCCAGGCUUCGUCUUCCUCCCAGUUUCUUGUGGAGAGCAGUUCUACGCCGUUCAUCACUCGCCGUGACAAGCUGAAGUCAUUUGAGUGGCGGAUACGAAACCUGCCCUACCCUUCGGAUGUGUAUUCGGUGACAGCGGAAGCAGAACAGGCUGUGCUUGUCAUACGCACUUCGAAUAAGAAAUACUUCAAGAGGAUAACAGUAACUGAUCUGCAGCGACUCGGGUGUUGGACGGAGAACGAGGCGAUCUCGUUCGCCCAUGCCAACAACACACUCAUCAUCUCCUACAAGAAACCCAGGGCCGUUCUUGAGCUGCAACAGGCCGUGUUCCUGGAAGUGAAGGGAUUGCUGAAGGGCAUGAAGGACGGAGAUGUCAACUGUAGUCAGUCAUGAGCAGCGAGUCGUAAAAUACCGUAAAUUUACGACUCCCUGCUCAUGAGUGGACUGUGCGUGCAGCAGGACUUGUGUUGAAUUGCCAUCGGCUGCACCCCAAGCAGCACCCGAGCAAGCAGACAGGGCUUUCAGCAGUACGGUAUGCAUAUCAUGCAUCCGUGCCGGAAAGGGAGAUAGCAGAACAGAGAAAUGCAGACCGCUGUGCUUUUCGAAGGUCGUGUUCGUGCUACAAGUACCAGUAUCUGUGAUAUUAAUUUAAAAAUAACUGCCUGCCUGAAAAGCUGAGCUGCGUGCAUGUACGGCGUGAUCUGUAUAUAACAAUACCGACAAUGCCUCCAUGCUGUAUAUACUGUAUACGUCAACAUCAGAAGUACAUUGCACAUCGAUCAACAGCUUGCUUGCAACAUUGAACCCCUGCUGCAUGUUCUAGGCAUCGAUUCUAUGUGCGGUCCCUGGAGUGUAUGCACUUGAAGUCAAGUUGAUUUUUGCUGAUUACAUUAUCAGUUCGCUGAUUUCCUCUCA